ACUAGCCAGUGCAGUCAGUCAGUGCCGUUAGUACUAUCAGACAGUGACACCACCCCAGCAGUGCCACCUGUCAGUGUCCAUCAGUGCCUUGUGUCAGUGUUCAUCAGUGCCAUGUGCCAGUGCCUACCAGUGCACAUCAAUGCCACAUAUCAGUGCCCAUCUGAGCUGCCUUUCAGUGUCACCCAUCAGUGCCAGUCAAUUCCACCUAUCAAUGCCAAUCAGUGCCACCUAUCAGUGCUGCCAAUCAGUAACACCUAUCAGUGCCAGUCAGUGCCGCCUAUCAGUGCCAGUCAGUACCACCUAUCAGUGCGCAUCAGUGCUGCCUAUCACUGCCCAUCAGUGCCGCCUAUCAGUGCCAGUCAGUGCCGCCUAACAGUGCCAGUCAGUGCCACCUAACAGUGCCAGUCAGUGCUGCCUAUCAGGGCCAGUCAGUGCCACCUAUCAGUGCCAUAUAUUAGUGCUACCUUUCAGUGCCCAUCAGUGAUGUCUGUCAAUGCCCAUCAGUGCCACCUACCAGUGCCUCCUCAUCACUGCCCAUCAGUGCCACCUAUCAGUGUCCAUCAGUGCAGCCUAUCAGUGUCCAUCACUGCAGCCUCAUUAGCGCACAUCAGUGAAAGAGAAAAAUCACUUAUUUACAAAAUUUUAUAACAAAAACUAAGAAAAAACUUUUUUUUUUUUCAAAAUUUUCUGUGGUUUUUGGUUUGUUUAAGAAAAAAAAA